AUGCGCACUCACAAUACGCUGACCACCGCAAAUGGCAUCACCUGGUACUAUGAGCAGGAAGGGUCGGGCCCCGAUAUUGUCCUAGUGCCUGAGGGCUACGGCGAUUGCCACAUGUUCGACAAGCCGAUGCAGCAGAUUGCCUCUCAAGGAUUCCGGGUCACCACCUUCGACAUGCCCGGCCUGUCCCGGUCUUCCAAGGCGCCGCCUUCGACGUAUAAAUAUGUCACAGCUCAGAAGCUAGCAACAUAUAUCAUUUCCCUUCUAGAUGCCCUUGAAAUCAAGGAAGCAAGCUUCUGGGGGUCAAGCUCAGGCGGCUCGGCAGUCCUGGCCAUCUUGGUCGAUCACCCGGAACGGGUUAGAAGUGCGAUGGUGCACGAGGUUCCCACCUACCGCAUGCCGCGGAUGACCAUGCUGGCUUCCCUGCCCGAUGAAGACAUUCGCGAACUCCUCUCUGGCAGCAUGAAGGCCGGCAAGCUUGGCGACCCUGCCAAGUGGGCUGCUCUGGGGGAUGAGUGUCACGCCCGACUUCGGUACAACUUCCCGCUGUGGGCUCGUGGCUACCCAGAGACCAUCCCAUCCAGUUCGCCCGUUCACAAUAUAGAGGCUCUAAAGAAGAAACCCUUGUAUUGGUCGAUCGGGGCUGAUACACCAAAAGAGACGUUCGCGGAUAACGUCACCACCGCAACCAAGAUUGGCGCUACCUUGAAACAAUUACCGGGCAUGCACUAUCCUUAUAUCACUCACCCUGAGGAGUUCGCAGAACAUGUUAUCCAGGCGGCGAAGGAAUCCGUUUAA